GACAGCGCUGUCUCAGUCAGAAGCGCCUUGCGCGCUGCAGCGAGUAGACCUCUCUGAAAAGCCCCUCCGUACUAUAGCAAGUAGUAAAUAGAUACUUAUUGGCUACAAAGUAGCUGGAAAAUAGUAAACAAAUACUCAACAAGCGUAUGGAUAGAUAGGACUGGGCCUCUUACGUGGAAAUUCCCGCCAAGGAAGCCACUUCAAUUCUUACCGAGCACCCCUACCUGAGCCCGCGGCGUCACCAUGCCUGUUUUCGGGCCGAUCCUCAGCGACACCUCGGCGCCUUUGCGCCCGGUGAAAAGAGUGCAGUUCGGCAUCCUGAGCCCGGACGAAAUUAAAAGGAUGUCGGUCACGGAAGGUGGAAUCCGAUACUCGGAGAUGAUGGAGGGAGGUCGGCCGAAGCUCUGCGGCCUGAUGGACCCGCGUCAGGGCGUGAUCGACCGCUCGGCCAGAUGCCAGACCUGCGCCGGCAACAUGGCGGAAUGUCCCGGACACUUUGGACACAUUGAACUGGCCAAGCCAGUCUACCACAUCGGCUUUCUCACAAAGACUAUCAAGAUCAUGAGAUGUGUGUGUUUCUUCUGCUCCAAGCUGUUAGUGAGUCCGGAUGAUCCAAGGAUCAAGGACAUUGUGAAUAAGUCCAAGGGUCAACCCAAGAAGCGACUCACCCACGUGUACGACCUCUGCAAGGGUAAGAUGAUCUGUGAGGGAGGUGACGAAGUGGACGCUGACGUCGGUCCUGAGGAGGGGAAGGAAGAAAAGCCCAAGGGUCAUGGCGGUUGCGGUCGCUACCAGCCCCAGAUUCGCAGGGCAGGACUGGACCUGACUGCAGAAUGGAAACAUGUAAACGAGGAUUCCCAAGAGCGGAAAAUCCAGCUCAGUGCCGAGAGAGUUCUGGAAAUCUUCAAACGCAUCUCUGACGAGGAGUGUAGCAUCAUGGGUAUGGACCCGAGGUUUGCCCGUCCAGACUGGAUGGUUUGCACGGUACUUCCUGUGGCGCCACUGCAAGUCCGACCCUCUGUCGUCAUGUUUGGUGCCGCCAGAGGACAGGAUGAUUUGACGCACAAGCUGGCGGACAUCGUGAAGAUCAACAACCAGCUGAAGAGGAACGAGAUGAACGGCGCGGCGGCACACAUCAUCGCUGAGGACACCAAGAUGCUGCAGUUCCACGUCACCACGCUGGUGGACAACGAGGUGCCCGGGAUGCCCAGGGCUGUGCAAAAGUCGGGUCGUCCGCUCAAGUCAGUCAAACAGCGGCUAAAGGGCAAGGAAGGUCGUAUCCGUGGUAACCUGAUGGGGAAGCGUGUGGACUUCUCCGCCCGCGCUGUGAUCACGCCCGACCCAAACCUGCAGAUCGACCAGGUGGGCUGUCCUCGGACUGUCGCACAAAACCUGACCUUCCCAGAGAUUGUCACACCCUUCAACAUUGACAGAAUGCAAGAGCUCGUGAGAAGAGGAGCAAACCAGUACCCAGGUGCAAAGUACAUCAUCAGAGACACGGGACACAGAAUCGAUCUCCGCUAUCACCCCAAACCCAGCGACCUUCAUCUGCAGUGUGGGUACAAGGUGGAGCGACACAUCCGUGAUGACGACAUCGUGAUCUUCAACCGCCAGCCCACGCUACAUAAAAUGUCCAUGAUGGGUCACAGGGUCAAGAUCCUUCCGUGGUCAACCUUCCGUCUGAACCUCAGCGUAACGACACCCUACAACGCUGACUUUGACGGAGACGAGAUGAACAUGCACGUGCCCCAGUCCGUGGAGACGCGGGCAGAGAUCAUGGAGCUGGCCAUGGUCCCGCGUAUGAUCAUCACUCCGCAGUCGAACCGCCCCGUCAUGGGUAUUGUACAGGACACACUCACGGCCGUGAGGAAGUUCACAAAAAGGGAUGUCUUCAUCGACAGGAAUGACAUGAUGAACCUGCUGAUGUGGUUACCCACGUGGGACGGUAAGAUGCCCCAGCCUGCCAUCCUCAAACCCAAGCCCCUGUGGACGGGCAAGCAGCUCUUCUCUCUCAUUAUCCCCGGGCACGUCAACUGCAUCCGUAUGCACAGUACGCAUCCGGACGAGGAGGAUAGCGGCCCAUACAAGUGGAUAUCACCUGGAGAUACCAAGGUGAUAGUAGAAAACGGAGAGCUGAUCUCCGGCAUCCUGUGCAAGAAGUCGCUGGGUCCGUCCGGCGGCUCAUUGGUCCACAUCGUGGCCUUGGAGAUGGGUCAUGAGACCUCGAAACUCUUCUACGGAUACAUCCAGACUGUGGUCAACAACUGGCUACUGCUGGAGGGUCACACCAUCGGUAUCGGGGACUGUAUCGCCGACACUCAGACCUACCAGGACAUUCAGAACACCAUCAAGAAGGCCAAGCUUGAUGUGAUAGAGGUCAUUGAGAAGGCCCAUAACGACGAGUUGGAGCCGACGCCCGGUAACACCCUGCGACAAACAUUUGAGAAUCAGGUGAAUCGAAUCCUGAACGACGCUCGUGACAAGACCGGAGGCAGUGCCCAGAAGAGCUUGUCCGAGUUUAACAACUUCAAGUCCAUGGUGGUGGCUGGCUCCAAAGGUUCCAAAAUCAACAUCUCGCAGGUUAUCGCCUGUGUGGGACAACAGAACGUGGAGGGAAAGCGUAUCCCCUUCGGCUUCCGCCAUCGGACACUGCCCCACUUCAUCAAGGACGACUACGGUCCUGAGUCGCGUGGGUUCGUGGAGAACUCGUAUCUGGCCGGCCUGACGCCGUCAGAGUUUUUCUUCCACGCUAUGGGAGGUCGUGAGGGACUGAUUGACACAGCUGUAAAGACAUCAGAAACUGGUUACAUUCAGCGACGUCUGAUCAAGGCUAUGGAGAGCGUGAUGAUCGCGUACGACGGUACGGUCCGGAAUUCCAACCGCCAUCUGGUACAGUUGCGGUACGGAGAGGACGGUCUCGACGCCGUUUCUAUCGAGUUCCAAAACUUGGCCACGCUCAAGCCAUCCAACAGGUCCUUCGAGAAGAAGUUCAAACUGGACUACCAGAAUGAAAGGUACCUACGAAGAAUUCUACAGGAGGACAUCGUCCGUGAGAUCACCAGCGACGCCCGGCUACAGACGGAGAUCGAGGCCGAGUUCGAACAGCUGCGAGUUGACAGAGACGUGCUGCGAUCUGUCAAUCAAACCGGCGAUGCCAAGGUGGCCCUGCCUUGUAACUUGGCCCGAAUCAUAUGGAACGCCCAGAAGAUCUUCCAUGUUAACACCCGAGCACCGACCGACCUUCACCCAAUCAAGGUCGUUGAGGGCGUUCGAGACUUGAGUAGGAAGCUGGUGAUUGUGAAGGGCGAUGACCCCAUCAGCAUACAGGCGCAGGCGAACGCCACCAUCCUGUUCAACACCCUCCUCCGGUCCACACUCUGUACGCGCCGCGUGCUGGAGGAGUUCCGACUCUCCACCGAGGCGUUUGAUUGGUUGUUGGGAGAAAUCGAGUCCCGGUUCAACCAGGCCAUUGUCCAGCCAGGUGAGAUGGUUGGCGCGCUGGCUGCCCAGUCCCUGGGAGAGCCCGCCACACAGAUGACGCUAAACACCUUCCAUUACGCCGGCGUGUCCGCCAAAAACGUCACGCUGGGUGUGCCUCGUCUCAAGGAAAUCAUCAACGUGUCCAAGAAGCCCAAGACGCCGUCGCUGACCGUGUUCUUGCUUGGACAGCCAGCAAAUGAUGCCGAGAAGGCAAAGGAUAUCCUCUGCAGACUUGAGCACACAACUCUAAGGAAGGUCACGGCGAACACCGCCAUCUACUACGACCCCGACCCACAAAACACAGUCAUUGAGGAAGAUCAGGAGUUCGUGAACGUGUACUACGAGAUGCCGGACUUCGACCCUCACCGGAUCUCCCCCUGGCUGCUGCGUAUCGAGCUGGACCGCAAACGCAUGACGGACAAGAAGCUCACCAUGGAGUCAAUUGCUGAGAAGAUCAAUGCAGGGUUCGGAGACGACUUGAAUUGCAUCUUCAACGAUGACAACGCUGAGAAGUUGGUGCUUCGAAUCCGUAUCAUGAACAAUGAUGACAGCAAAAUGAUGGACGAGGAGGAGAUGGUGGAUAAGAUGGAUGACGAUGUAUUCCUGCGCUGUAUCGAGGCCAACAUGCUGACAGACAUGACACUACAGGGCAUUGAACAGAUCGCUAAGGUGUAUAUGCAUCUGCCGCAGCAGGACACCAAGAAGCGAAUCAUCAUCACAGAUGAGGGGGAGUACAAGGCUCUGCAGGAGUGGAUCCUGGAGACCGACGGAGUCAACCUCAUGAAGGUUCUCUCGGAAAAGAACGUGGACCCUGUCCGAACCACGUCUAACGACAUUGUAGAGAUCUUCCAGAUCCUUGGUAUUGAAGCUGUGCGGAAGGCGAUUGAGAAGGAAAUGAACCACGUUAUCUCCUUCGACGGUUCCUACGUGAACUACCGCCAUCUCGCGCUGCUGUGCGACAUCAUGACACAGAAGGGCCAUCUGAUGGCCAUCACGCGCCAUGGCAUCAACCGUCAGGAGGUCGGACCACUCAUGAAGUGUUCCUUUGAAGAAACGGUUGACAUCCUGAUGGAGUCAGCCUCCCACAGUGAGACAGACUUCAUGUGGGGGGUUUCGGAGAACAUCAUGCUGGGACAGCUGGCGCGCAUCGGUACCGGCUCCUUCGACCUGAUGCUGGACGCCGAGAAGUGUAAAUACGGGAUGGAGAUCCCCACCAACCUGGUGGGAGGGGGGCUCAUGGCUGGGCCAGGGCCGGGGAUGUUCUUCGGAAACGCUGGAUCUCCCACAGCAUCGAUGUCGCCGCAGAUGACACCAUGGCAACAAGUGGGCACACCUGCCUACGGUGGAGCGUGGUCACCAGGACUUGGAAGCGGUAUGACCCCAGGAGCUGCAGGAUUCUCGCCCUCUGCUGCAUCAGACGCCAGCGGGAUGAGUCCAGCGGGCUACAGCCCCGCCUGGUCCCCCACCCCUGGCUCCCCGGGGUCCCCUGGCCCUGCCAGCCCCUACAUCCCCUCCCCAGGGGGACCCAUGUCUCCCAGCUACUCUCCGGCCUCCCCAGCCUACAUGCCUCGCAGCCCAGGCGGGAUGACCCCGCAGAGUCCCGGCUAUUCCCCGACCUCACCAUCGUAUUCGCCAACAUCGCCAAGCUACUCCCCAGCAAGUCCGAACUACAGCCCAACAUCGCCGAGUUAUUCACCGACGUCACCAAGUUACAGUCCAACCAGUCCCAGCUAUUCUCCGACUUCACCAAGUUACUCGCCAACGAGUCCCAGUUACUCUCCGACAUCGCCAAGCUACUCCCCUACAUCACCGUCGUAUUCUCCCACAUCGCCUUCGUACAGUCCAACCUCUCCUUCAUACAGUCCGACAUCCCCCUCGUAUAGUCCCACGUCACCCUCCUAUUCCCCCACCUCCCCAUCAUACAGCCCUACCAGCCCCUCAUACAGCCCUACCAGUCCAUCCUACAGCCCCACUAGCCCUUCGUACUCACCCACGUCUCCCAACUACACACCCACGUCACCCAAGUACUCACCCACCUCUCCCAGCUACUCCCCCACCAGCCCAUCCUACUCGCCCGCCUCACCCAGCUACAGUCCCACCAGUCCCAGCUACUCACCCAGCUCGCCCAACUACUCGCCCCAAUCACCCAGCUACUCACCCAGCUCACCCAGCUACUCCCCAUCCAGCCCCAAGUACUCUCCAACCUCACCCAGCUACAGCCCCACCUCACCCCAGUACACUCCCACGUCACCCAAGUACAGUCCCACCUCACCCAAGUACAGUCCCUCCUCACCCAAGUACACCCCGACAUCACCCAAGUACAGUCCUUCCUCCCCCAAAUACAGCCCCUCCUCUCCCAAAUACUCACCCACGUCCCCUACCUACUCCCCAUCCAGUGCCAAGUACUCCCCUGCCUCGCCUAGCUACUCCCCCUCAACUCCAAAAUACACACCCACCUCCCCCAAAUACAGCCCUGCCAGCCCCACCUACACACCCACAUCCCCCAAAUACAGCCCCACCUCACCCAGCUACACUCCGGAUACUCCAAAAUACAGCCCCACCUCGCCCAAGUACAGCCCCACGUCACCCACCUACUCACCCACGAGCCCCAAGGGUUCCACAUACUCCCCAACAACCCCGGGUUACUCUCCUGCGUCUCCCACGUACAGUCCCGAGAGCCCAGAGAGUCGGGCCACACAAGAGGAAGAGGAAGACGAAUCGUAAAUGUCUGAAUCAGCCAGAUGUCACAGACACAAGGACAGAUGCGUGCAAGACCAGAGGAGACUGACUGAGUAAGAUCAAUGAUUGUGCCAUGAUUGUGAAGUGGUCUUAGAGUGAAAGCAAGAAGAUCAGGAAAAGAUAGUAGGUUUGAUGCAUCAUUCUAGUACUGAUGCUUUUUCGGUAAUAUACCUACUGUAAAUGUUAAGAAAACAGCAGCUGUUUGAGCAUGUCAGCCAUCAGAAGACAGCAAUUUUAAACUGCUGCAAAGAGUCCUGAUGGCUUGCCUCAAAUGCGGCUUGCUAAGUUAAGGGUGCUUUGUACCAAGACCAAAGUGUGUUAGAUUCCCUAGUUUUGAAAGAAAGAUUCAGUUCAGGUUUUGCAGGGAGUCAGUGGCAUUUCUGAGACUGUUUUGAAGAUGCACAGAUUUAGCAAGAUAUGGCAUCCUUUUAUGAGAACCAUACCAAAGGCAAAGAGAGAAUUUUUGAGGUCUUGUGGACAGUUUGUCAAGAGUCCCAGAACCAUAGGCUUUUAGCCGUGGUUGAAUUGUACAUAAAUCCUUGUAGAAAAUAUCAUGUUUCUACUGGAACAUGUACCCACUAGUAUCAAAUUGAAAAAAAAUAUUGAUAAUGUAGCAAAAGAACACUUUUGGUGGUAAGACUAUUCACAAGAUGGUGCCAGAUUCAAAUACUAUUUCCUUUGUACUUGGUGACAAAAAUGUGCUGUUCUCAGUAACGUAAGGUGCUACACUCAACAUUGUCAUGAAACUCACAUCCAUCUUCAAAUAUUGCUGAAGAUCAUUGUGAAAUCAUACUGAAGAUCAUUGUGAAAGGAUUUUGUUAUGUUCACUUGAUGUCUAACUAAAAGUACAGUAGACAAAAGGAUAACUGAGGGAUGUGCACUAUGCUAUGGUUCAUUACUUUUUGAAACAGACUUCUCCAGAACUUGAUACAGAGGGUAGGUAGCCAGUGCACAAGGUACAUUUGUAGUAGCAUGUGCCUGCUGUAUAGAAUGUGCACCAGCUACUGUCAAACUUUCCAUAACAUUGCUAGAUGUUGCAUUUGAAACACUCUCAUAUCGACAAGAUAUUUUACCUUGCGGUUUGUUACGUUGGUGUUGAAGUUUGUGCUGGAAGCUAGGUACGCUACCCUGUGUACUAACCAACACAUCUAUCCAUGUACAUAGAGUAUAGAGUUACACAUAGUGGCACAGGCACUGACAUAAUCAUGGUAUGCCCAAGGUGAUUGUAAGAAAUGAAAAUGUAACUUACUUUGAAUGCCUGUGCAAUUGUGAAGGUACAAACAUUUAUGUUAAUUUCGAAGUGGUUUCUUUAUCGGUUAUUGUUCAAUAGGUUAUGGAAGGAAUAAAGUGUACAUAAACUUG